UUGAAAUCGCGUACGCAUUACUCAGUUGCAAGCAAUCAAGAAAUAAAGUUUCUUAUUACCGCGGAUUUUUAAUGUACUACAAUAGUUAAUGAUAUUUUAUCUUGUUCCCUUUCCGUAAUAUGAAAAUGUGGGUUGUGUUAAUCGUGUUCAAUCAAUUCAUUUAUUUGUCAUUAUCAACAAUAUCGGAAUUAAAUAAUUCGGAUCCGAAAUUUAGUGGGCCUAUAAAUAAUGCAACAGCUCCCGUUGGACGUGAUGUGACUCUCACUUGUGUUGUUCAUGAUUUGAUGUCAUUUAAGCUUGCUUGGCUACGAGUCGACACACAAACCAUUCUCAGCAUACAAAACCACGUAAUCACAAAGAACCAUCGCAUUGGCAUCAGUCACACGGAACAUCGAAUCUGGCAGCUGCGUAUACGAGAUGUUCGCGAAUCAGAUCGUGGAUGGUAUAUGUGCCAAAUAAAUACGGAUCCAAUGAAAAGUCAAGUCGGCUAUCUAGAUGUCGUGGUUCCACCUGACAUCGUUGACUAUCAAACCAGUCACGAUAUGAUCGUCCAAGAGGGACAAAACGUGAGUUUAACAUGCACCGCAACAGGUGUGCCAACACCCACGAUAACUUGGCGACGCGAACGUGAUAUACCACUGCUGCAGAAUAUUGGUGGAACUGAUAUUUACAGUAUCGAAGGUUCGAAUUUGACACUGUGGCAGGUAUCAAGGGAGAGCAUGGGAGCCUAUUUGUGCAUAGCCUCAAAUGGAAUACCACCUACUGUAAGCAAACGAGUGCUCAUAGCUGUUAAUUUUGCACCAAUCGUUUGGACGCGUUAUGACACCAUAUUUGUUAGCUAUGGCCAGAAAGUGACACUUGAGUGUAUUUCAGAAUCACAUCCGACUACGGUGAAUUUCUGGCUAAAAGAAAAAGAUUUCGUACAGAGCGGUAUCUACGAAUCGGUGUCUUUGGAUAAUAUUUUCAGAAUUGUGAUGCGAUUGGUUAUACGACCCAUGGAGUUGAGCGACUUUGGUGAUUAUCAUUGUGUGGCCAAAAAUUUGAUGGGUGAAUCAGAGCGGAUUAUAUCAGUGCUGCGUAAAACCAAAAAGAAUGUGCAUCACUCUCAUCAACUGGAUCGAAAGGACAAUCAUCUCAUUCUGAUAAAAGAAUACACCUCACUGACUGCUUCAAUGACUUCCGAUGUUCACAAUAUCUGCAUAGCUAUGGUUGUGUUUCUGUGGAAUUCGAAUAAAAUUUAAUACUCCAUAAAUAAUAUUGUACAACCUGAUUUUUCGAGUAGAAUUCCCUGUGUUCCAAUCUCGUUUCUUGGCAUCAG